GGUUCACACGUGUGAGGUGGUGAAUUCGAGAAUGUGAGAGACACGUUGGAAGUUGGGUCCAUACACGUGGCGUGAUUAACGUGAAGACAAGUUUCUUUUCUAAAUCUGUGAAGACAUACAUACUCUCGAAGACCCCCGAGGAUGAGCAAGAAGAAGAAGAAGAAGCGGUUGUUGUCGUGGGACACUGCAGUUAAACGACAUCGUUUCGUAACUAAGAAAGGCGUGGAUGCCACGCGCGAUUUGUUGUUUGGUUGUUGUGACACGUGGCGAAGAUGUGCUGUCACGUUUGGUGAUGGCGCGUGAGUAGGUUUAACGGUAAAGUAGCGACCAUUUCUUGAACUGGGGCCAAGUAGGUCCUCCAAUGACAAAUUAUUGACUACUUUAUACUGGAGAUGGUAAAAUAAUUGUCGACCAAUUUUAAACUUGGUUUCGAUAAAUCUAGAGAUGCAUGUAAAUAAAGAGAAGAGAAUGCAACUCUAGUCUAUCUAGUACGUCUAUGUUUCAACGUUUUUGUUUGUUUAACCAAGA